ACACAUAUACAAUACCAUUCCCUCCUCAUUUCCUUUCACAACACACCAAUUUUCUCCCUUCCUUCAUAAUCCUAAGCAUGUCUUCUCAAUCCCUUCACUUCCUCUCUACCGCCUCUUCUUUCUCCACUCCCAAUUCUCGUCCUCUACUCUCCUCUGGUGGUGGGCUUUUCGGGGUUAAAGACACAAGAAUUACCUUUGAUGUUCGUCCAAGAUGCAGUGCACUAUCCAAUCCACCCACUCAGGAAUACCCAGAUGUCUUUCAAAGAAAUGGUGUGGCAGUGAUAAAGCGCCGUGAGGUUGUGGAAGAUGCCAUAGAAGAGCAAGUUACUAAGAUUUCCGUAUCGAAUGAGAUCCUUAAACGUGUCCAAAACGUUAAAUCGAUGUUGGAUUCGAUGGAAGAUGGAGAGAUAAGCAUAUCAGCUUAUGAUACAGCAUGGGUUGCUCUUGUUGAAGAUAUUAAUGGAAGUGGUGCUCCUCAAUUCCCGUCCAGUUUGCAAUGGAUUGCUAAUAAUCAACUAUCUGAUGGUUCGUGGGGCGAUGGUGAUAUCUUUACUGCGCAUGACAGGAUUCUCAAUACAUUAGCUUGUGUUGUUGCCUUGAAAUCAUGGAACAUACAUCCUGAUAAGUGUGAAAGAGGAAUGAAGUAUUUUAAAGAAAACUUAUGCAAGCUUGAAGAUGAGAAUGCUGAGCACAUGCCCAUUGGUUUUGAAGUUGCUUUCCCUUCACUUCUUGAGUUAGCAAAAAAUUUAGACAUUGAAGUUCCCGAGGAUUCUCCAGUCUUGAAAGAGAUCUAUGCCAGCAGAAAUAUAAAGCUAACAAAGAUACCAAAAGACAUAAUGCACAAAGUGCCCACCACACUACUCCAUAGCUUGGAAGGAAUGCCAGGUCUGGAGUGGGAAAAGCUUCUGAAAUUGCAGUGCCCAGAUGGGUCAUUCUUGUUCUCUCCAUCCUCCACUGCUUUUGCACUCAUGCAAACUAAAAAUGAAAAUUGCUUAGCAUAUCUAAACAAGAUCGUUCAAAGAUUUAAUGGAGGAGUACCAAACGUCUACCCUGUUGACUUAUUCGAACAUAUCUGGGCUGUUGAUCGCGUUCAACGCCUUGGAAUAUCGAGAUAUUUCAGAAAGGAGCUUAAAGAAUGUAUUGACUAUGUUGCCAGAUACUGGGAAGAAGAUGGUAUUUGCUGGGCAAGAAAUUCUGCAGUUCAUGAUAUUGAUGACACAGCCAUGGGAUUCAGGUUGCUUAGACUAUAUGGCCACGAAGUUUCUUCUGAUGUGUUCAAGCAUUUUAAGAAAGGCGAUACUUUCUUCUGCUUCGCCGGACAGUCAACGCAGGCUGUUACCGGAAUGUACAACCUGUAUAGAGCUUCUCAGGUAUUGUUUCCUGGAGAAAAAGUCCUCGAGGAAGCCAAGGAAUACUCGUCCAGUUUCCUAAAAGAAAAGCAAGAGGCUAACGAAGUACUUGACAAAUGGAUUAUAACGAAAGACUUGCCGGGAGAGGUUAAGUAUGCAUUGGAUAUUCCAUGGUACGCGAGCUUGCCUCGGGUGGAGUCGAGAUUCUACUUGGAACAGUACGGUGGUGAGGAUGAUGUCUGGAUCGGCAAGACUCUUUAUAGGAUGCCGUAUGUGAACAACAAUGAGUAUUUGGACCUUGCAAAGCUUGACUACAACAAUUGCCAAGCGUUACAUCGCAAGGAGUGGGACAACUUUCAAAAGUGGUACGAAGAAUGUGAAUUGGGAAACUUUGGGGUAAGCAGAAGAGAACUGCUGUUAGCAUAUUUUGUAGCGGCGGCCAGCAUUUUUGAGCCAGAAAGGUCAAAAGAGAGACUUGCAUGGGCUAAGACCACAACCUUGCUCCAUACAAUCGAGUCUUAUUUUGAUGCCAGCAACAGUACCUAUGAGCAAAGGACGGCUUUUGUCCACGAAUUCAAAAACGGUGUCGCAUCCAUACCCCACUUAAAUGCAAGGAAGUUGGAAGUAAAGACAAAUGAGGAACUUGUCAGGAUAGCGAUUGGAAUCCUAAACGAUGUCUCUUUGGAUACACUACUGGCUCAUGGGAAAGACAUUAGCCACGAUUUACGUCAUGCUUGGGAAAAGUGGCUGUUGAAGUGGGCAGAAGGAGGAGAAAUACACCAAGGAACAGGGGAAUUGCUAGUGAAAACAAUAACUCUCACCGCUGGAGGUUCCACACCUGAUCAUCAUAAAUAUGCACAGCUCUUUCAACUGACAGAUAAAUUAUGCUAUCAGCUGGCUCAUUACAGAAAAAACAAGGUACAAGGCAAUAAGAAAAGCACAACCCCAGAAAUAGAGUCAGACAUGCAACAACUUGUGCAGUUAGCAAUCCAAAAUUCCUCAGAUGAAAUAGAUUCCGAGAUCAAGCAAACAUUUUUCAUGGUAGCCAAAAGCUUUUACUACCAAGCCAUCUCUGAUCCUGGGACUUUGAACUACCAUAUUGCUAGAGUACUCUUUGAGAGAGUAUACUAAUUUGUAAGUUGAUAUUUUUGUACAAGAUUUGUCCCAUCCUUCUUUUGUGGACAAACUUAUCCAAUCCUUUCUUGUGCAUAAUUUUGUCAACUAACUAAUAAUGUGAUGUAAUACACCUCUCAAAUCAGUAAAAUGCAAAUAAAUUCUUUUGUUUUGAA